GGGCGGGGGCGGCCCCGGCAGCCGCGGUCAGGUGGCACCGCCGAGACGGAGCCGGCCGAGCACGAUAAAAGUCCCGGCCCGCCGCCGCCACGGCCGCGAGGGAGCGCGGAGCCGCCGCCCGGGAGCCAUGCUCAGCGUUGGACACACUCUAUGAGCCAUCCCAGCCUCAGCAGCCCAGAGCGCCCAGGUGCCGCUCCGUGAUUUAGAGCAGGACUUUGUUACCAAGCUGACUAAGCAGUGGGAGCUCGCACUGUCCUGCCACCACCAGCCCAGACACUCCCUCCCUUGGCUGAAGAUCCCGUUGGCUCUCUUCCCAUAAUGGAAGCGUGAGUGCCAAGAUCCUCCAUGACCUCCAGAAGCCACAACUCCCUGCCGAGAACUCUGAUGGCUCCACGAAUGCUCUCCGAAGGUGCCCUGGGGGGCAUCGCCCAGAUCACCCCCUCGCUGUACCUGAGCCGGGGCAGCGUCGCCUCCAACCGGCACCUGCUGCUGUCCCGGGGCAUCACCUGCAUCAUCAACGCCACCAUCGAGAUCCCCAACUUCAACUGGCCGCAGUUUGAGUACGUGAAAGUGCCUUUGGCUGACAUGCCCACCGCCCCCAUCUCCCUGUACUUCGACAGCGUGGCCGACAAGAUCCACAGCGUGGCGCGGAAGCACGGGGCCGCCCUGGUGCACUGCGCUGCCGGCGUCAGCAGGUCGGCCACGCUCUGCAUCGCCUUCCUCAUGAAGUACCACAAGGUCUCCCUCGUCGAGGCCUACAACUGGGUCAAGUCGCGGCGCCCCGUGAUCCGGCCCAAUGUGGGCUUCUGGAGGCAGCUGAUAGACUACGAGAGGAAGCUCUUUGGGAAGACCACGGUUAAAAUGGUACAGACACCCUAUGGCAUCAUCCCAGACAUUUACGAGAGAGAGAGGAGACCCCUGAUGCCUUACUGGGGAAUUUAAUGGGACUGCAGACGGGAAGCACAACAGAAGGGACGUGCUGUUCGAGUCGACCAGACUGGAGCCAUUCCCUUCUCCUUCUACAGCCAACUUUGGUUCUUUACCAUACAGCAGAACCUCAAUUCUCACCUCACCAACCUGCAAGGCCAACGAUUCCCUUCAAAGCAUUUUUCUCUAUGGGGAUUUCCCAUCUGCAUCUCUGAUUUAGCAAAACCAGGUCUCACUAUAAGUUUAUUCCUUCCAUAAAGCCUCCGUCUUUUUUCUUUUUUUAGUCAGUUUAUUAGGAUCCUCCAAGGAAAGGCCUAAGAGGCAUUGGGCAGAGUUGAUGACCCAAGUGCGCUUUGUGACGCGGUAGCAGCCUGGAUAUUUUGUUAUAGCUUGUUUGCUUCCUUGCAAAACCCUGUAGUGGCUCAGGAGCAGCACUAGCGAGGCCCUGCUCCACAGCAGCAGGUUUUCCAAGCACCAGGGAGGCAGGAAUACAGGGGCUGUGGUGCUAGUGCUGGUGUUUUCUUUAACAUCCAUAGUGACUCUCAGUAUAUAGUGUUUGAAAUCUUUAGUCAGCUCUUAAUCGUAUUCAAAGUUAGGAAAAAAAAUAAAGGGAAAAAAAACCUGAAAAAAAAAGACUGAAUCAGUCCGUGUCGGCCACAAGUAAAAUAAAAUUUGAGUAAUUCAAAUCAAAUAAAUUCAAGAUCCUUUUUCACUCAUUCCAUGCCAGGGCAAUAGUCCUGAAAUACACUUCAACUACUGGAAAACGCUGGUGUGUUUUGUGGGUGGAAAGUCGACAGAUCUUGUCCAGAUGUGGCUCAAGACAGAAGCGAGAGGGUUGAAGCCGCUGGGCAGCCAAAGAGACACUCAGGAAUCUGUGCGUGGCCCCCUGCCCGGGGCUGGGCUGUGCAUGCCAACGUUCCAGCAGGCAGCCUGCUGGCAGCGAGUGAACCCGCUCGAUUCCUCAGCUCCGAGGCCGCUGGUGACCUGCCUUAGCCCAUUCCUGCCUCCCUCCAUUCCGUCCUCACGGUUAUGCUGCAUUCCAGGAUUGCUCCGCUCUGUCCCCUCCGCACGGGGUGGGUGACAGAGGCCUGGCCUCGCUCGGAGGGUGCCGGGAGCGGUUCCAGCCCCAGCCCUUCCCUGGGAGAAGCCUUCCCGUGGCUCCUGGCCAGGGGCAGGGACUGGGUCCUUGGAGUGUGACUGGAGCCCAGGAGAGCUCCGCUCCUGAGGAGGCACCGGCAUUUCUGCUGCCUCUGGAGGAGGAGCAGGCCGAUUGCUGCGAUCGCUGUCUGAUUUAAAUGAGAUUCUAUACUUGUAAAAAAAAAAAUCAAUAAAGAUUAAACCAGAA